AUGUUGAUAUUUAGCAAUUAUUACGAAUUAAAAUUACGUUAAACGAAACGCAUUUCAAAACACCAAUCAGCGUUCAGUGACGUCACUCGUGCUGUGUCAACUUUUAGAAGUUAACUUUGCGAUUAAUAGGCAGUAGUGCUUUAUUUACGUAUUAUUUACGUUUUUAAUAAAAAUGGAAGUUAGAUUUAAUAAAACAGACUCCAAAAAUUUUCCAAAAAAAAUUUUUUGUCGUGAGUGCAGAGUUUUCAAGUGUAGAAAUGAAAGGCACUAUAUUAGUACGGUAUGCAUGAACGUUUUUAAACGUUGUUUGCAUUUUAUUCAGCAAUUUCUAAACAUAGCAGUUAUAAUUUAGCUCAACGAGAGAAUCUUACGGCGAUAACGCAAUCGGUUAUGUGCAAAUUAAAAGAGAUGGAGAUGGAUUAAUUAUGUACAGUGAAAAGUCGAGUUACUCCAGAGCACAAAGUACGAAAAGAAGGUUAUCGUGUUACAGCUGUAAUAAAUGAAGCACAAAGCUUAGUUCUGUCCUGCCAAUGCGAAGAUUGUGCAGCUUCUGCAGGUCAAGUAUUACGACAUUAAUGAAUAAUUAAACUGUUCAAAAAGAAGAUUAUUUUAAAUGCUAUGAGGUAUUUAUUAUCAUGACUAAAACUUUAUCAUAUACAGGUGGGUGCAAGCAUGCUGCUGCACUAUUGCUAUGGUGCACAGAAGGUCUGAGCAGCCUCCAAUUACGUCCGUCACAUGCUAUUGGAAGAAGUCGAAAUUAUCUACAUGUGCUUCUGGAAAAUCUGUCAUAAAAGCCAAAGAAAUGGGUCAAGUUUCAGUCAAUCACAGUUUCUCUCAAGUGGAUAUUUUAUAAGAAUUUGUAGAUGCUGUCAAUAAAAAAGAUUGUCGGGGAAGUAUUCUUCGCUACUUUCAAUAAGACAAGCAUUCAUAAGGUGUGUUCAAGCUUGAUUGGAAAGUUGGACUCUCCAGAAUCAUUUCUUGAAGCAUUAUCAAAGCAAAUGACCACUGAUAAUAUAAAUAUGGUAUUUUCCACCACCAAACAUCAAAGUGAUUCACCAAUGUGGUUUGAGUUGAGGUACGGCAGAAUUACUGGCUCAACUCUUUAUGAAGCCGCUCACUGUAGAACUAUAAAUGGUUCCCUUCUGAACGCAAUUAUGGGAGAACAUUCAAAAUUUACUUCCAUUGCGAUGAGUAGAGGGAAAAUACUAGAAAAAAAAGUUCUCAAAGUAGUAAGCAAGAAAGAAAAGAUUGAAAUUGAAGAAGCUGGACUACUUCUUAAUGCCGAGUAUCCUAUUUUUGGAGCAACACCUGACGGGCUUACAGAAAAUUAUACAAUAGAAGUCAAAUAUCCUUCAACCGAAGCUGCCAUACUUUCCUAUGUGAAAUACAAUAAAAUAACACCAAAAUGUUGUGUGCCAUAUGAUAACAGCAUUGUAUCUGUAAUGAAUAUUGCAAAGAAAUUCUGGAUAGAUGCUGUAUUUCCGAAAUUAAAAGAUAUAUGUAAUAUAUAAGCACAUUUUUUUGUUUUUCAAAUAUUUCAUAAAUUUAUUAAAUAAAACUAUGCUUCAAAAAUAUUGUUUUUUAUUCAAUUUUAAUUAAAGGUGAUUAACAAGUGCACAACAAAUAAUUAUACUAUAGUCUAUUUGGGGUAUGAGAAAAUGAUCUAGGUAUACAGGCAUUUAGAAACUUUGUUAAAGUAGAUGGACACAUAGGCACAAAACAUGAGUCAACACUACUUUUUAUCCGAAUUUUUUCGGUAUUAUGUCUUGUGAUCACUUGAUGUGGAUGGAUAUUCCAUUUUAAAUUAUUACAAAAAACUUAGUGGAAA